AUGGGUGUGAUGGCCGUCGGUCUAUUCAUCACGAUUCUCCUCCUUUUCCAUCAAAUUUCUUCGUCGAUUCAACAAAGCAAUCAAUUGGAUCAAUUCACAGAUUCCAAGGUCGCCGAAAUGUCAAGGACCAUCUCCGCAUUGAAGGCCGAUUUAAAAACUCAAAAUACGGAAGUGAGAGACGGAAAAGCCAAGAUUGGAGAGCUCGAAAGGAAAAUCAACGCGUUGCAGAGCAAGAACUCUGACCUCGAAACUCAAAUACAAUUUGAAAGGGAAAACAAAACGAUCGAAAUUGCGAAGUUGCAUGCAGAUUUAAAUCGAACGAUGAAUCUCUUGAAUCUGUAUCGGGAUGGAUGGUCGUAUUUGGCAAAAACCGCUUCUUGGUACAAGGUUAUCGAUCAAGAAAUUACAUUUGAUGAAGCCGAGGCAUAUUGUGCGAGUCGAAAGAGCCAUUUAGUCACAAUUCACAGUCAGGAAGAGAACGAUUUUGUUCAAGAACUCGCGGAAACUGUUCAUUCGACUUCUGGCUUCUGGAUAGGACUGAAGAGAAAUCCGAACCAAGGAAAAGCUUUGGAAUGGACGGAUGGAAGUUCGGUGGAUUUCACGAAUUGGUAUCCGGGAGAACCGGCUUCGAGAACCCACUCUACGCUUCUGAGCCACGAUGGGAAAUGGCAGGUCAUUGUUCCUACCCAUCAGCGUUAUUUUAUCUGCAAAAGGAGCUCUCAAUUC